GCAGAAUCAGGUGGCUAGCUAGGUUGUUACGUGUGUUCGAGUAAACAACGAGGUUAAAUAGAUUCGCUAGUUUGUUAUUUUACCAUGGCGCAACAUGGUCCUACUCACGUAGCAAGCUCACAGAAAGCAUUAAUGUUAGAAAUGAAGAGCCUUCAAGAGGAGCCAGUCGAGGGCUUCAGAAUAACAUUGGUGGACGAGGCAGAUUUAUACAAUUGGGAAGUGGCCAUUUUUGGACCUCCUAACACUCACUAUGAAGGAGGGUAUUUCAAGGCUCGCAUCAAAUUCCCCAUUGACUACCCCUAUUCACCACCUGCUUUCCGUUUCCUCACCAAGAUGUGGCACCCCAACAUCUAUGAGGUAAGAAGAGAUAUACAAUUUUAAUUAAAAUUUUAAUACUUUUUAAUUCUAGAAAAAUACAUUGUGUUAUCUUUUAUUAAACUAGGCAAGUCAGUUAAGAACAAAUUCUUAUUUACAAUGACAGCCAAACCCGGACAACGGCAGCUGUAUGGUACUCUCAAUCACAGCUGAAUGUGAUUCAGCUUAGAUUCGAACCAGGGACUGCAGUGACGCACGCAUCUUGCACUGAGAUGCAGUGCCUUAGACCGCUGUGGCAAUUAAUUACUCCAUGUAAUUCAUUUUGACAUUUUGUGGUGUUAAUCUACAUUUCUCUCCAUCUUUUUGUGGCCUAAUCCUAGUCACACCUGCAAUUUGUGAACAUGAACCUGUCUGUGUAUUAAUUUUAGCCUCUUCCCUGUGUUAGAAUGGGGACGUGUGUAUAUCCAUUCUGCACCCUCCAGUUGAUGACCCUCAGAGUGGAGAGCUGCCCUCUGAGAGGUGGAACCCUACCCAGAAUGUUAGGUACACAUCUCAGCAUGUUCUCUAACCCCACAUCCCCUUCUCUCUGUACCUUUUCCUUCUGCGACCUUCUCCCAUUACCAAACAGUUGACAAAUUCAGCUAGGUCCCUCCCUGUUUCAUUUGGUUUGCUUCACUCUCCCUUCUAUCACGCUCCCUUUUCAUCCCUUCUUUCUCUGUCCCUUUCCUCUAUGCCCCGCUCUCUCCCAUUGUGCUGUGUCACUCAUACUCAGACAUGUGUCAUGUGAUCUAUCUGGCUUCAGUGGAACCUCUCCAAGACUGCACAGAAACCCUGUUACACUUUGUUUAUUUUCUGUCUGACCCAGUUACGUGGAAUACUAUAAGUCAUGUUUGUCAGUUCUAAUUUAAGAAGUUGUAGGUCUUAUUUUUACCAGCAACAUUUUAGGUUUAUAUCAACAUCGACAGGCAUAAAUAUCCUAGCCUGUAUCCCACAAAGCAGGAUCAAUGAGUCAACCAGCUUACUUCGAUAGGAACUGCUUGGUGCUUCUUUCUGACAUCAAACCCUCUGUGUGGCUCCUGUAGGACCAUCCUUCUGAGUGUCAUCUCUCUGCUGAACGAGCCCAACACCUUCUCCCC